GACUUAUGAAGUAUCCUAGAAGCAGUCCGGAUUCUGGAGAACUAAGACCUCGCAAGAAGAAUCAGUUUAACGGUUCCUACUGAAUCAAAGAAAUCCAUGGCGUCAACUUCUUCUGCCACCGCUUCUUCAGACCCUGAACUCUACUUAAUCAAGCAGAUUAGAACCCAUGAAGUUGCCAUAGCAGAGCUGGGCAGUCUUUCUUCUUCGCGGACUGUCUAUCAGAAAAACGGUCACUUAUUUUUCCGCACAUCUAUUCAAAACGCAACAUCAUCUGAGGAAAAACAACUUGAUCAGGCAAAAGCUAAGCUAGAAAAGCUGAAUUCCCAGUGAUUGUACUUGGCAGUGGUGUGCACGACUGAAGCCCAUUAUUUGUCACCAACAAAAAGUAUUGGGUUGAAACGAUUUUGUGUUAUCAUUUGUUUAAUGCAAGAUGCAAAGUGCUGGGCUGAGACUUGAAUAAAUUUUCUCAGAAACAAAUCUCAAAGUGAAUUUCCCUUUCAA